AUGUCCACUCGCAGCGACAACAUUCCAGUGGCCGCGAACGCGCUGGAGCUUCCCAAGACUGCGUGCCUGUAUUUUUGGACGGCAGCGUUGUGGGUCAGCGUCUUGGCUGCAUUAGUCUCGACUUUGUUGGUUGUAUACGCCACGGCGAAUAAAUUUCAGAUCGAAGGCCGCAACCUGUUCCACUUCAAUCGCGUGUUUGGCAGCGUGUGGAUCGGUCGUCCGUUGCUCUUUGUUCGGGGCAUCACAGCCAUUAUCAUCCUGAGUACAGCUCCAGCCACCAUAAGCACAACACCGCACCGCGUGACGUCGUUUACGCCCUAUCAACGCGAGUGGACAUCGCAGCUGCUCCUAUACAGCGAAUCCCUCUGGGUCGUCUAUGUCCUGAACGAUAUAUUGUUGCCGUUUACCAUCGAGCUGCAGAUUGCAACCGACGUCGCACCAGUCAGCAGCUUCCUCGCUUUCACUGCGGUGGCCAGUCUGGACGUCGCCUCUCCGUAUCAAGUGCAAGCCAAUGUGGCUCAAGACUGCAUGUUCACAUCGUUUCGUCGUGGCGUGGCUUGCACGGGUGGAGAAGUGCGACUUGGCAGUGGCGAGCGUGUGGCCCACCUCCUCGGACUCCAGUUCGCGUCGCUUGUUGUAGCACUAGUGGCCACAGUGACGUAUGCGCGGUGCUACCCCAGUCGACACCCCCCUCGAACGACAGCUCCAAACAAUGUGCUCAUCCCCGCUGCGACCGAGGCAUUUUUCGUGCGCUCGUCAGGACGGUUUGCGUCGUCCAGACAUUUGGACGCAGUGACGUGCGUGAUGUCGGGCAUGUUGCCGUGGAAACAAACCCUGUUUGACUUUAAAAUUUGGGCGACCGUGAUGCGCCACAACAAAACCAACACCCGACGCAUGUCGUUCCGCGACGCCACGUUCCAACACCACGUGUCAGGCCCGACGCUGCCGCCGAUGUUUGGGCGAAAGCAUGCAUGGCUUGGCUUUGUCGGGUUGCUGUACAUGGUCACGUCAAUUUCAGGUUCGUACGCGUUCUUCCAGCUGACGCAAUCGGCCAUGUCCAACGAUUUCUGGUGGGCGUCAUUCGACACAAACACGCAAGUGCACUUGAGCAACUGGUUCAACCAGAAUCUGCAACUCCACCAAUUUGCCAGCAACGUCGAUCUCACGGCCCUCGAGCAAGGCACGCUGGCGUUGACCACGAAUGCGUCCGCCACGGCACUCCAAAUAGCGCCACUGUACGCCAUUUCCGUCCAAGACGAAGCCAACUCGCUCGGCAACGUC